AGCAGCAGGCCUUCUCUCUAGCCUGACUCUGGCCUACAGAAGACAGCUUAAAGAAACAGAUUUUUGUUCCUCGCGUUACCAACUUGUGUGAUCUUAUCUAAGAAGGCUUUGUUGUUGUUUAAUCUCCUGCUAAAAGCGCUCGUCAAAAAUGGAUACCAUGGAUAACCUGGAGAAACAGCUGAUUUGUCCUAUAUGCCUGGAGAUGUUUACAAAGCCUGUGGUUAUCCUGCCCUGCCAGCACAACCUCUGCAGAAAAUGUGCCAACGAUGUUUUUCAGGCCUCAAACCCAUACCUUCCAACAAGAGGUGGCUCACUGACGUCCGGUGGCCGCUUCCGGUGCCCGUCCUGCAGACACGAGGUGGUUCUGGACAGGCACGGUGUUUAUGGGCUGCAGAGGAACCUGCUGGUUGAGAACAUCAUUGACAUGUUCAAACAGGAGUCCAGCAGCACCAAGCCAGCGCCGGAGAGAAAGGAGGAAAUGCCCAUGUGUGAUGUUCACGAAGAAGAAAAGAUCAACAUUUACUGUGUGACCCACGGUGUGCCCACGUGCUCCAUGUGUAAGGUAUUCGGAGCUCACAAAGACUGUGAGGUGGCGCCCAUCACCAGCAUCUACCAGUCAAAGAAGGUGAGGCCUGAGAUACUCAUGGAGAUCCUCAAUACUGUCUAUCAUGAGAGUAUCAGAAAUAUUGAGAGUUUACCCUGCCACGUCCUUGCCCCCCCCCCCCAGACGGAGCUGAGUGACGGGAUUGCCAUGGUGGUUGGUAACAAUGACAGGAUGCAAGGCAUCAUCAGUCAGCUAGAGGAGGCCUGUCGUGCCAUAGAGGAGAACGGUCGGAGGCAGAAGACGCUGGUGUGUGAGAGGUUUGACCAGCUCUACUCCAUCCUGGAGGGGAAGAAGAGAGAGAUGGGUCAGAAGGUGACCGUCGAACAGGACGAGAAGGUGAACUAUAUCCGGGGCCUGACCAGGAAGUAUGGAGACCAUCUGGAGGAGAGCUGUAAGAUGGUGGAGUUGGGCAUCCAGACUAUGGAGGAGCCAGAAAUGGCUUUAUUUCUACAGAACACAAAGCCUCUCCUCAAAAAGCUGGCAGAAGCAUCCAGUACAGCACACUUGGACAAAGUUGAACGUGGCUAUGAGAAUAUGGAUCAUUACACCGCCGACUUCAAGAAGGAGGGCCUGGCCCUGCGCGGCCUCGACUUCCUCCAAGAUGAUGAAGACGAGGACGAAGAGGAUGAGGACGGAGAAGCAGUCACGGAGGAAGGCGAGGGGGCCCAGACUGUUUCGGGAGGCAGUGCUGUCACAGCCGCCUCCGUCCAACCUUCUGCCCCGCAGCAGAGUAACUCUUCCCCAAGCGCAGCCAAGAGCGCUGCCUCCUCCUAGCUGUCAGCCGCCGGCCCAGAAAAACACCUAAUCCGGGAGCAACGAUACGUUCUUUUUGCUCCUAGAUGUUGAUUUCAGGUCAGUUGUGAUACUUUUCCCCCCAGAUUGGGGAACACGAGACAGAUUUAGAUCUGCGCCGAAGGGGAACUCUGAGUUGCCGAGGUAGAUCUAAAGGAAGAGACAGAAGUUUCAAUUCCCUUCUCUCUGUCUAAUAUUGGGAUUAUGUCGGCGUGCAUCACUGCAUGCUGACUGAUCUUAUAUGUUUUUUGUCUGGUUAAACACACAUUUUGGCUCCUUCUUGCUUUUUUUUUUUUUACAUAUGACAAGCAGGCUGUGAGGUGGUUAUUUCCAGAAUUCAUACAUUUUUUUUAUGGAGCUGACCUUUUGGGAUUCACCGCUUAAACUAAUUAGCGAGCAUGACAAGAGGGCCUCGGGUUUCCCCCCCGGUCGUACUCUUUUUUUUAUGACUGGUAUAACUUUAUGAGUAGGUAGCAGAAUAAAUAACUCUCACAGUGACAUUUCAGUCUUUCAUACACUUGACAGCCUGUAUUAUGUGUCGUAUGCUUUAUUGUAUAACCCAGGUAUACUUUCCUACAUGGACAAAGCAUCACAUUUUGACAUGUAACAGUGUAUUAUAUAUCAUUAAAACUGAACUGUACAAACGCCUAAAGUGUUUCUCAAAUGUUGGAUUAACAAAAAUACAACUGUACCAUG